UAAUUUAGGAAAUGCAAAGCCGUAUGAAUGAAUGUACAGGUACAUAUAUAAUUAAUUUUCACGGUAAAAAUAUUUUAUACCAUUUAAAAAAGCAUGUUAUUACAAACUUGGCAGAAGAUAGCGAUUGGAUGGUAGGAUUGUAGCUACUGGUAUAGGAGUAUACAGUUUUAAGUUAGCAAGGAAGGAAGUACAUGAUUCAAGAGUUAAAGCUAUGAAACAAAAGAGAUUAUUAAUGCAAGAGUCUAAAACUAUUAAUUAAGUCGUAUAUUUGAGUAUUUAGAUAAUUAUAAAACAGUAAAUAGCAACUGCACAAAAAAUGGCUGCAUUACCUCAGAUUAGUGAAGAGCAAUUGAAGUUGCUACAAGAUAUAGAGAUGGAAAUGAUGACUGAUAUGUUUCAUCGUAUGACAGCAGCAUGUCAUAAGAAAUGUAUUCCACCAAAGUAUACCAGCUCAGAAUUAAGUAAAGGUGAAUCAGUAUGCCUUGAUCGUUGUAUUGCUAAAUAUCUAGAUGUGCAGGAACGUAUUGGGAAAAAACUUCAAAUUUCGUUGCAAGAAGGGAAAAUUGUAGAACAAGCAAAACCAAGUUAAAUAAAGUAAAA